CGUGACUUUACCGAAAGAACCAAGAAGAUGAAUCCCUGCAGUCACGAAAGCUUUAAAAUUAUUUUAUUAUGUUUUAUUUUUAUUAUUUUAUUACUUCCCUUCUACGUGACUUUACCGAAAGAACCAAGAAGAUGAAUCCCUGCAGUCACGAAAGCUUUAAAAUAAUUUUAUUAUGUUUUAUUUUUAUUAUUUUAUUACUUCCCUUCUACGUGAUGACUUUACCGCAAGAACCAAGAAGAUGAAUCUAAUCUCGAUUGCCAUGGCAACCACCACCAAGCCCCUACCCAAGAUGGCUUCCUCAACGACUACGGAAGCCGCUCACAACCAAAACGCCCCCCACCCCUCCCCCCAGCGCUCGCGGUUCCGCGAUUGUGAAAUACGAGACGCAUGGAGGCUCACGUGGACGACAGCGGCCGGGGGGACACGGUGGCGGGGCGUGACGAGGGAGGCCUCUCCGGGGUGAGGUCCGUGGUGCUGGUGCUCUCCGGCAAAGGCGGAGUGGGCAAGAGUACCGUGAGCACGCAGCUGGCGCUGGCGCUGCGCAACGCCGGGCAGAAGGUGGGGCUGCUGGACGUGGACCUGUGCGGCCCCAGCGUGCCGCGCAUGUUGGGCCUGCAGGGCCGCGCCGUGCACCAGUGCGCCGCCGGGUGGCUGCCCGUGUACGCGGACGCCGGGCGCCGUCUCGCCGUCAUGUCCGUGAGCUUCCUGCUGGCGCAGGCCGACGACGCCGUCGUGUGGAGAGGCCCCAAGAAGAACGCAAUGAUCAAGCAGUUUGUGAGCGACGUGCUGUGGGGAGAGCUGGACUUCCUGCUCGUGGACACCCCGCCUGGAACGUCGGACGAGCACAUGGCCGUGCUGGAGAGCCUGCGCGGCCGCUCACCCGCUGGAGCCUUGCUCGUCACCACGCCACAGGAGGUGUCGGUGGGCGACGUGAGGAGGGAGCUGACGUGCAGUAAGACGGGGCUCAAGGUGCUGGGCAUCAUCGAGAACAUGAGUGGCUUCGUGUGCCCCCAUUGCUCCGAGUGCAGCAACGUGUUCUCCAAGGGCGGCGGGGAGGCGCUGGCCGACGAAUUCAAGGUCCCCUUCCUGGGCUGCGUGCCGGUGGAGCUGCAGCUGGCGCGGUGCGGUGAGGACGGCCGCUCCCUGCUGGAGGCCUCGCCGGAGAGCGGCGCUCACCAGAUCCUGCAGGCCAUCGCCCAGCGACUCAUCAUUGACCACGGCGGUGACGGCGGCGGUGUUACGGCGAGUGUGGCCGUGCCGUGACCGUCUGGCGAUGCAAACUUGCUGCCCCCCUCCCCCCCUGAUUCCUCCACCUCUUUCCAUCUUCGGGGUGCCGCGUUGGCAAGAUCUUAACUACCUCGCCGGGUAUGGAGGAGGUCGUGGGUUCGAUUGCGAUCCAUACAAUGCCUCUCUUCUUCCCAUGGUCGCGUGGACUUUUCUCCGGGUCCUCCGGUUUUUCCUCUCCACUUUUACAAUCGACAUCGCCACGCGUUUAGAGUAUUUGGCUGCAAUGCAUUUCCCACGUGACGAUGUUGAGCCACUUCAGCGGGCUGUCAUUUGUGGCGGCCAGGCUACACAGCUCAGCGGAGCCUUACCUGGUUAAAAAAAUAAACAUUUGUUUCGCAGUAGCAACUCGGAGAAUUGAAAUCAUUGGUUCGAUCGUCACGCGACUAACAUUGUCGCUGUUGUGCGCUAAGCGGGGGUGGGACCAGGUGAUCGCUUGAAGGCGUCCCUAAGAAGUAGCUCUACGAG